GAUUUUAUUGACAAGGUUAAUUUUUUUCAAGUAAAUAUUAUCAAAGAUCAACAAUGAACAAAAAAUGUUCCAGUGAACCUUGUGUUCAUAUCCCUGAAAAUGCAUUAGUAGCUUGGGAUAAAACAUGGAAGAAUUUAAGAAAAAAAUUUCUUAAAAAGAAGACAUUUUAUACUAGAUUUGAAAUUAUGUGGAAAUUUAUAACUGAAAGAGCUCCUGAUGGUCAUUGUAAUUAUCUGACUGAAGAAAAAACAGUUGCUGAUUCAAUAUCUUGGCGAACAGAUGGUAACAAUGAAUACAAACAUUCAAGAAAUAAAGAUUCCUUGAGCAAAUCUAUUACAUCAUACACCAUAAGUAUUGCAUAUGCACCACUUGGAUCUAGUGAAUUGUCAUUGGCUUAUGCAAAUCGUUCAGCUGCAUUAUUCAAAGCUAGACUCUAUGAAGAUUGUCUUCUUGAUAUUGAACGUGCAUUAAAAUCAGGCUAUCCAGAUGAAUUAAAAACUAAAUUAUUUGCUCGUCAAGCAUUAUCUUUAAAGGCUUUGGAUCCAAGCUUCGAUAUUGAGUCAAGUGAUUCAAUAACCAAUGGAAUGCACUGGCUUCCAAAUUUGAUGGAUAAAUAUCCAACUUGCAACAUCAAAACUGAAUUUAUAAAGAUGAUGAAUCAACUUGAAGAACCACUUGAUACAAACACUGUUAAAUUUACUCCAACAAUUAAAAAUAACAAUUCAAUAAUAGCUGGUGGAUCUGAUGCAAUUGAAUUGAAAAAAACAAAUGACAAUAAACAACAUAUUGUUGCAAGAAAAGACAUUAAAUCUGGUGAAUUUAUUUACAUCAAUCAACCAUUUGAAACGGUUUCUUGUGAUGAUGAGCCUUACAACACUUGUUGGCAUUGUUGUCGACAAACUUGGGCUGGUAUACCGUGUGAUGAAUGUCCAAACGUUGUAUUUUGUUCAUCACAAUGCAAAGAUUCAGCAUGGAAUGAAUAUCAUGAUAUUGAAUGUCCAGCUUUGAGUUAUUCAAAAAAAGUCCAAUAUCAUCCGGGGGAUGAUUGGUCAUUUCAAUUGACAAUUAAAAUAUUAUCAAAAGCACUCAAAGCUGCUGGUGGUAUUGCUCAAUUAAAACAAAAAAUUGAUGAUGUUGAUUCAAUGGAAGAUAAAUCAAUGAUUUAUACUGAUGAUAUAUUUGAUAUUAAUACUAUUGAUAAUUUUCAUCGCCUCAAGUAUGACAAGUCAGCAUUCGAUCACUUUUCCCUUGAACGAAUAAUUCGUAUUAUAUCAAAUGUUGUAGUGUUUGGUCUUAAAACAAAUAUUUUUGGUCGAAAAAUGGGAAUUGCUGAUACUUAUUCAAAUGAAGAUGCAAUGACUUUGGGGUAUUUGAUAGCCAGGUAUUUCAUGAUUGUCGAUUACAAUGUUGUUGUAUCUUCUCUUGAUAAAAAAUCAAAUGAUUAUUCGCUGGCAUAUGCUCUUAUAAUGCCAAUUCAAAACAUGUUUGUUAGAGAUUGUCAUGCUCACGUUGACUGGUACAGAUAUGAACAAAAUGUUGCAAUUGUAGCCAAGAGACCAAUUAAAAAAGGCGAAGAGGUAAAUAUGUUUGCACUUGGUAGUUACCUGAUCAAGCAAUUAUCUAAAGAUCCAAUGAGUUUUGUAAAAUAUGUUAAUGAGCCAUGUCAAUGCUCAGUAUGUGUAAAGGGAUUACCACCACCACCACCAAUAGGAGUUCUUCCAUCUUACGAGAGUUUCAAGCUAUCACAAAAAGUUCGCAAAGAAUUGAAUCGUAUCGUGAAAAAAGCAUAUGGUUAUUUUGAUAUCAUUCUCAAGACAGACAUUGAAAAAUUGCUCGAAAUAAAAGACGCUUAUGCUGAAAUGACAGAUAAAUUUCAUCAACAUGUCACUGCUCCUUGUGAAGAACUUUGUUUAUUUCAAGAUAUGAUGGGACUUUUGUAUUUUCAUCUCAGCCUUCCACGUCGUAUUGUUUAGUUAUUAUUUUAUGGAAAAAAAAAAUACUUUAUUACAUCGUACUUUUUCUUAUAUUUUUUUAUA